AUGGCUGAAGAACAGGAAAACGAGCUCGUCCCCGAAGAGGAGGUUACCUCCAUCCCAGGCUGGGCUCCCACGGUGUCCUUGCAGGUGCAGGACAUCCGAACCGGAGAAGAGGAAGAGGAAGAAGUCUAUUCGCAGCGUUCGAAGCUGUACCGCUUCAAAGAUGGAGACUGGAAGGAGAGAGGCCUUGGGGACUCGAAGCUGUUGAGACACAAGGUUUCAGGAAAAGUUCGUUACAUGAUGCGACAAGAGAAGACUGGCAAAAUUGUGGCAAACCAUUUUGUCUUCGAGCACCAGCUAUAUUGCGUUCUUGCAAAUCAAAACCAGAGUGACAAGAUUCUGAUGUGGACUGCGUUGGACUAUGCCGAGGAUGAACAGCAUGUGGAACAAUUCGCAUUGAAAUUCAAGGAUAAGGAGCUGGCUGAAACGUUCCGAACUGCCUUUGACAGAGCGAAAGUUGGCCAAAUUUCCGGCAGUCCCAAGGCUGAUGGGCCUGGACCACGGCCGAGCGAGCCGCACAGCGAGCCGCACAGCGAGCCGCACAGCGAGCCCCAUGCCAGCCCCACGCCGCAAGCACAUGCCGCUGCAGAGGGGGGCGAGGAUGAUCUGGUGCCGGAAGAAGAGGUCACCGUUGUGCCAGGCUGGGCUCCGACUGUGACGUUGCAACCCCAGGAGAUUCGCACCGGCGAGGAAGAUGAAGACGAAAUUUAUUCUCAAAGAUCGAAGCUGUAUCGUUUCAAAGACAGCGAUUGGAAGGAAAGAGGGCUUGGUGAUUCCAAGCUUCUUCGGAACAGGGUAACAGGCAAAGUUCGGUAUAUGAUGCGGCAAGAGAAGACCGGCAAGAUUGUCGCCAACCAUUAUCUAAUCGCCUACCCUCCGUACUGUGAGCUCGCGCCGAAUGCAGGGAGUGACAAAAUCUGGACAUGGACGACCAUAGAUUGCGCGGAGGAUGAACAAAAGGUGGAGCAGUUUUCUCUCAGAUUCAAAGAUGCAGAUCUUGCACAGCAGUUUAAAUCGGCGUUCAACAGCGCAAGAGCAGAGAUGGCCGAGGUCUACACGCCCGAGCCGAAAACAAACGAUUCUGAAGCUGCAGCUGCUGAUGCAGCUGCCGUCGGUCUUAGAGUGAUUGACCAAAAUUGGAGCACUUCGACCGAGUAUCAGGUAGGUCAGUCCUCAGCCGUGGCCGCAGCGGUGAUGUACAUCGUUGCAGUCGUCGGGGACUGCUUUGACUGGUUGGCUGCCAAGCUGUGUGGCCUGUUUAGCUCUCUCUCCUCCACUGGUUCUGUCGCUUCCAGCAGUGGGUUAUUUUCAGCCACUGCAGCCAGCAGUGGAUCUUCGUUCAGCUCUUCCAGCACUUCAGCCGGUUCUGGUCUUUUUGGUGGUGGGCUAUUCGCUUCGGCCAACACUGCCGGUGGCUUGUUCAGCGGAAUGUCGUUCGGCUCGAACAAGGCAGACUCACCCGAGACUCAGGCUCAGGUCGACACCAAACCGACGUCAUCGGAGGCUCCAACCCCAUUCGCAAGCUUGACUUUUGCUGCCAGCACGGGUGGCCUCUUUGGCAACACUGCCGGUGGCCUUUUCUCUGGCGGUGGCAGCCUUUUUGGAAACUCUGGCAAUUCCAGCAGCUCUGGUGGUGGGCUUUUCUCCGGAAGCACUGGUGGUGCGACUGGCGGCCUUUUUGCUGGGCUGCCCGAGAGCUCCAGCGGCGGAAUUUUUGGUGGCGGCAGCAUCGCGACCACUGGCAGCAGCCUUUUUGGUUUGGCUGCAUCUUCGGGGAGUCUCUUCAGUGCCGCAUCAGGAGGCAUCCUGGGAGCAGCGGCGACGGGUGCAGCAGAGAAGGCUCCAUCGACGGGCCUGUGGGCGGGAGCAACAGCCAAUGGGGCCCAGGAUGACGAGCAGUAUGUUCUUGAAGAAGAAGUCACGCAGAUUCCUGGUUGGGCUCCCUCUGUCUCGUUGGAAGUCAGAGAUCACGUCGAGACCGGUGAAGAGGACGAGGAGGAGAUGUACAGUCAGCGCUCCAAGCUCCUCCGGUUCGUCGACAAUGAAUGGAAGGAGCGGGGAACAGGCGAUGCCAAAAUUCUGAGGCAUGGGGGCACCGGCAAAUGCCGGUUCCUGAUGCGGCAAGAGAAGACUGCAAAGAUCGUCGCCAACCACUACAUCAUUGAUCAACACCCAUAUUGCGACUUAGUCCACAAUGCUGGCAAUGCCAAGAUCUGGGUGUGGACUGCGCUGGACUGGGCAGAUGAGGAGCAAAAGGUGGAAAAGUUCGCUCUCCGCUUCAAGACAGAAGAAUUGGCCGACGAGUUUGCCAAGACUUUCAACGCAGCGAAGAGCGGUGAGAUGGCAAGUGUCGGUGACGCGCAAGAUGACGACGACUGGGAGAAGGCCGAGGCAGAGGCUUAUGGAGCCGGCGCUUUGGGCGAGGGCCCGGGUCUGGCGGCGCUUGCGGCGAUGCAGGCAACUUCUGGCUGGCGCUGUGACGGCUGUCGAUUGCAGUGGUCCGAACAGGACUUGGAGUGCAAUGUUUGCGAGAUUGUGCGGCCUGGAUAUGAGUCCGAGGUUGCGGCAGCAAAGGCGGAGAAGGAGUCGGGCAAGCAGAGCGCCGUGUCCGCCUUCCUGGGAACAACUCAGUCCAGCGGGAGUGGAAACUUCGCACAGUCUUCGAGCUCGACUGCAACCGGCAUUGUGUUUGGUUUCGGUUCUGCAGCACCUACUGCAGCAUCCGCUGCCUCGGCGCAGCCGAGUCCUUCGAUUUUUGGAGCCAACCCGUCUUCGGUCUCCAUUUUCGGCGGCAGCACUUCCACCUUCGAUGCUUCGUGCAGCUCAG